AUGGUUGGAGAUCCGGAGGAACAGAAAAUAUUGUCUAGAUCAUUAAGCCUUAUCUGGAUGUAUGAGCAGAUCGUGCGAGAACUUGAAACAAGCCUUGAAUAUCAAUCGGUCGCAGACACAAAUUCGUCCUUAGUGAAAGAGUUUGGACAUCUCAGAAUUGGACUUGAUAUCAUAAAGCAUGCCACAAACAACUUUGGUGAUGACCACUUCAUUGCUGAAGAACUUGCAUACCAAUGUUUGGAAAGUAAUAAGUCACGACGCCCCACAACAAAUUUGGUCGUGAGCACGCUUAAAACUGCACUUGCAUAUCAAGAGGUCUUUGAAGCAAAAGCAAAUCGCCUAUUGGAUUUUGAAGAAAUCUGUCCUCCCGGGGGAAGCCAUUUGGUAAUUUUGUACACAACAAGCGUCAAAGGCAUCCGAAAGACGUCAAAAGAUUGCUCCAGGGUUCACUCUUUACUCAAAAGUUUAAAGGUUUUAUACCAAGAAAGGGAUAUAGCGAUGUACUCGGAUUUCAGAGAUGAAUUGCAGAAAUUGGGAAAAUUAACGGCACUACCUCGGCUGUUUAUAAAGGGUAGGUACAUCGGCGGAGCAGAUGAUAUUUUUCUGUUGCAUGAGCAAGGAAAAUUCCAGCCACUCGUUCGUGAUAUACUAAACAUAUCGGAAGGGCCAUGCAAAAGGUGUGCUGGAGUUCGGUCUGUGGUGUGCCGUAAGUGUAAUGGUAGCAAUAUUCUGAAAUCUGUUGAAUGGGGCAGAACGAGGUGUACGGAAUGUAACAAGAAUGGUCUGAUCAAAUGCCCAAUUUGCUUCUAAAAAUAUUUAUUUUUAAUUUGGUCCGUGCCAUGUGUGUUGUUGCCACUUGCCAGU